UUCAUAGGAUAAACUAGAAGAUGAGUAACAGGGGUUGCCUAACAAACUCGUAACGACACCGUAUUGCUCGACUCCAGUCCACCGAUGGCGGCCGGCGACGACAACCGGAAUCGCCGAACUGAUUCUGAUGUCAAGAAGAUCCUACUGACGUCGCUCUCCGCAAUGAUAGCAGAGACGACUACGUUUCCAAUCGAUUUGAUUAAAACCAGGCUCCAACUCCACGGCGAGUCUCUACCAUCAACGCGGCAAGCUUCUGCGUUCAGAAUCGUUUUUCAAAUCGCAAAAGAUGACGGCGUUUUUGGACUGUAUAGAGGCUUAUCCCCAGCCGUCGUUAGACACUUUUUCUAUACUCCGAUUCGAAUCGUGGGGUAUGAGCAUUUGCGUAAUUUAGUGCCGUCUUAUGAUAAUUCGCCCUCCCUUUUUAGCAAAGCGGUUAUGGGUGGCGUUUCCGGUGUCAUUGCUCAGGUAAUUUCAAGCCCUGCUGAUCUCGUCAAGGUAAGGAUGCAAGCAGAUGGUCGUAUGGUCAGCCAAGGCCUCCAACCCAGGUACGCGGGGAUUUUUGAUGCUUUGAAAAAGAUCUUUCAUGCUGAAGGGUUUGGAGGAUUUUGGAAAGGUGUUUUUCCAAAUGUCCAGAGAGCAUUUUUAGUAAACAUGGGAGAAUUGGCUUGUUAUGAUCAUGCAAAACGUUUAGUUAUCAAAAAUCAGAUCUGUAAUGAUAAUAUUUAUGCCCACACUCUAUCUUCGAUUAUGUCUGGUCUAUCAGCUACUGCAUUGAGUUGUCCAGCAGAUGUAGUUAAGACUAGAAUGAUGAAUCAGGCUGUCAAUGAUGAAAACAAGGUUAAAUAUAAGAAUUCUUAUGAUUGUCUUGUGAAGACUGUUAGAAUUGAAGGGUUGAGGGCUCUGUGGAAGGGAUUUUUUCCUACGUGGGCUAGGCUUGGUCCUUGGCAAUUUGUAUUUUGGGUCUCAUACGAGAAAUUCCGACAGAUUGCAGGGCUAAAAUCCUUCUGAUAAUUUUUUUGCAAUCUCUUGCAAUUUUGCAAAUUGCUACUCUAAUUCUUUGUACCAUUUGCUAGUUAAGAAGGAAAUUUAAUAGUUCUUGUGAUUCGGAUUCUUGUUCAUCAUUGGCCAUGAGUUUUAGUAUUUGCAAAGAAACUAUAUAAGUUAAAGGUAUCACUACACUUCAGAGACAAUAUAGUAGGUAGGCCUUGGAAGAAUUUGGCCUUUUCAUUGACAAGUGUCCAAGAUUGAGAUCUGAUAUGAAGACCAUGAAAUGCUUAAGAGGCUAAUGGCCCAUUUCAGCUUUCGGGAUCACAAAUUCUUUGGAGAUAUAUGUGCUCUGCCUCAGCUGGCCGAAAACCAAGAGAUGGCAAAGGGAAUACUGGCUGGGGUUGGUCUUUUGCUCAGAAUUCCUCUGGUGCUAUAUGUGCUGACCCCAACACUGUGGUUAAGUUCAGGUCAUCAAGUUUGGGUCCCACUAAAUGCCACGGCGUAAGAUAUUAGUAUAACAAAAGUCGUAGUGAAUAUAUAGCCAUAAGAAAACUUUUCGACAUUAUUCAUUUACUUUUGUUGAACUACCAUAUUAAUGAGCAUUUAGCUUAGGGAUCUAAUAAUAUUGGCAUCCCUGCAAGUUCAGAGUCAUAAAGCUUCUGAUAAAU